CUGUGGUGAGUGUUCCCAUUAUGGCGGAGGGGCAAGCCGUGCGGAUGGACUGUCUCUCCCACUCACAUGCCUGUUUUGUGUCGUGAGGGAGGGCGUUUUUAUUUUUUAUUUUUACACAUUUACCACCCAGAGCCCAGCGCCUUCUGACCCGGACGGGAGUGGCGUUUAACGGUUCAGCCAUGGCGGAUCGCGGCGUGGAUUUGUCCGCCCUGCCAAAAGAGGUUAGGGACCAAUUGGCGGAGUUGGACCUGGAGCUGUCUGAAGGUGACAUCACACAGAAGGGCUAUGAGAAGAAGAGGGCCAAGCUGCUUGCCUCCUACAUUUCCCAGCUGCCAUAUGCAGAUCUGUCUCUCCCAGAUGUACAGUUGUCCCCAGCCCACAGUGGAGACCCCAGCCCUGAGGCCCCGGGCCCCUCCUCUGCCGCCAAACACCACAGAGCCCAUCGCAGCGGAGGAGCCAGGGACGAGCGCUACAGAUCAGACAUCCACACAGAGGCAGUACAGGCCGCGCUGGCCAAGCACAAAGAGGAAAAGAUGGCUCUGCCCAUGCCAACCAAAAGACGCUCUGCCUUUGUUCAGUCUCCUAUGGACGCCUGCACUCCUCCAGAUACGUCGUCUGCAUCUGAAGAUGAGGGCUCUCUGCGCAGAAAGGCAGCUCUGAGUGCAGCUCUGGCCCAGAGUCUGCAGAGUCCUGAUUACUGGAUCAACCGCUCAGUCCAAAGCUCUUCCACGUCGUCCUCUGCCUCCUCCACCCUCUCCCAUGGAGAGCCCAAACCCCAACCACAGCCCCCGCCCGCUGCCUCUAUGCUCGCAGAUAUACUGGCACAAACAAGAAUAGAGAACAGUGUCCCUCCAGAUGUGACAAGCUCCACUCCUCAGGACAGAGGCUCCCGAGUGGACUUGCCCCCCGCGGUCCGAGGCAUGAGUCGAGGGCAGAGUCGCUCCAGCAUGUUGGAUACUGCUGAUGGUGUGCCUGUCAGUAGCAGAGUGUCCACUAAAAUCCAGCAGCUCCUCAACACACUCAAACGUCCCAAAAGACCCCCACUCAGUGAAUUCUUCCUCGAUGAUUCAGAAGAAAUAGUUGAAGUCCCUCAGCCUGAUCCCAACACCCCAAAGCCAGAGGGGCGUCAGAUCAUUCCGGUGAAAGGAGAGCCUCUGGGAGUGGUCAGUAACUGGCCCCCUGCUCUCCAGGCUGCCCUUGCUCGUUGGGGCGCCACACAGGCAAAGAGUCCUGCUCUGACAGCCCUGGACAUCACAGGGAAACCUCUAUAUACAGUCACAUACGGCAAACUCUGGAGUCGCAGUCUAAAGCUGGCAUACACCCUGCUAAACAAACUUGGCACAAAAGCGGACCCAGUUCUGCAGCCCGGAGAUCGGGUGGCAUUAGUUUACCCAAACAGUGACCCCGGCAUGUUCUGGGUGGCUUUCUAUGGCUGCCUUUUAGCUGAGGUCAUCCCUGUGCCAAUUGAGGUGCCAUUGUCCAGACAGGAUGCAGGUAGUCAGCAGAUUGGCUUCCUGUUGGGCAGCUGUGGCGUGAGUCUAGCUCUGACGAGUGAAGUGUGUCUCAAAGGACUCCCCAAGACGCAGAAUGGAGAGAUUGUCCAGUUCAAAGGAUGGCCCAGGAUGAAAUGGGUGGUGACAGAUACAAAGUAUUUAACCAAACCCUCAAAAGACUGGCAGCCUCACAUCCCCACAGCCAACACAGACACGGCCUACAUUGAGUACAAAGCAACCAAGGAAGGGACGGUCAUGGGAGUAGCUGUUUCAAAGAUCGCCAUGUUGACUCAUUGUCAAGCACUCACCCAGGCCUGCAAUUACUGUGAAGGGGAGACACUCGUCAAUGUGUUGGACUGUAAGAAGGAUAUGGGCCUAUGGCAUGGUGUUUUGACGAGUGUCAUGAACCGAAUCCACACCAUCACAGUGCCAUAUGCGGUUAUGAAGGCCUGCCCCAUGUCCUGGGUGCAAAGGGUUCAUAUUCACAAAGCACGCGUGGCCUUGGUGAAGUGCCGGGACCUUCACUGGGCCAUGAUGGCCCAUAAGGACCAAAAAGACACAAACCUGUCCUCCAUACGGAUGCUCAUAGUUGCGGAUGGAGCCAAUCCCUGGUCUGUGUCCUCAUGUGAUGCCUUCUUGAAUGUGUUUCAAUCUCAUGGCCUGAAGCCGGAAGUCAUCUGCCCAUGUGCCACUUCGCCUGAGGCGCUCACUGUUGCCAUCCGCAGGCCUGGAGCACGUGGAGCUCCUCUCCCUGCGCGGGCCAUCCUGUCGAUGGGGGGGCUCAGUCAUGGCGUCAUUAGAGUCAACACAGAGGACAAGAACUCUGCGCUGACUGUGCAGGACGUGGGACACAUCAUGCCUGGAGCUCUCAUGUGCAUAGUGAAGCCUGAUGGGCCUCCACAGUUGUGUAAAACAGAUGAAAUUGGAGAAAUUGUGAUUAACUCUCGAGCUGGAGGCACCAUGUACUAUGGCCUGCCUGGAGUCACCAAGAAUACUUUUGAGGUGAUCCCUGUGAACCAGGCUGGGACACCAAUAGGAGAGGUGCCCUUCACUCGCACUGGGCUGUUGGGCUUCGUUGGACCUGGAAGUCUGGUGUUUGUUGUGGGAAAGACAGAAGGGCUGCUAUCGGUGAGCAAGAGACGGCACAAUGCAGAUGACCUGGUGGCCACAGCCCUGGCUGUGGAGCCUGUUAAAACGGUUUACAGGGGAAGGAUUGCGGUGUUCUCAGUGACGGUGUUCUAUGAUGAGAGGAUAGUGAUUGUAGCAGAGCAGAGACCGGAUGCCAGUGAAGAGGACAGUUUCCAGUGGAUGAGUCGAGUUUUACAGGCCAUCGACAGCAUCCAUCAGGUGGGCCUGUACUGCCUUGCACUUGUCCCUGCAAACACUCUGCCAAAGACUCCUCUAGGAGGCAUCCACAUCUGUGAGACCAAGCAGAGUUUUCUGGAUGGAAAUCUUCAUCCAUGUAACAUCCUCAUGUGUCCGCACACAUGUGUCACCAACCUGCCCAAACCCCGGCAGAAACAGCCUGUGGACGUUGGCCCCGCCUCGAUGCUUGUGGGAAAUCUCGUGGCAGGGAAGCGCAUCGCUCAGGCCACAGGUCGAGAGUUAGGCGUGUUGGACGACCAGGACCUAAUACGAAAGCACCAGUUUUUGUCAGAGGCUCUGCAGUGGAGAGCACAAGCCGACCCCGACCAUGUUCUGUAUGUGCUUCUCAAUUCUAAGGGGGUGGCAGUGUGCACAGCCACCAGUGCCCAGCUUCACAAGAGAGCAGAGAAGAUCACAGCCACUUUACUGGAGAGAGGAGGCCUUAACACAGGAGACAAUGUGGUGCUGCUGUAUCCCCCAGGUAUUGACCUGAUUGCUGCCUUUUAUGGGUGUCUGUAUGCGGGGGUCAUCCCUGUGACCGUCAGACCGCCCCAUCCACAAAACCUGGCUGCUACCCUCCCCACGGUUCGCAUGAUCAUUGAUGUGAGCAAAGCCGCGUGCAUCCUCACCACUCAGCCUCUUAUGAGGAUCCUCAGGUCGAGGGAAGCAGCCGCCAGCGUCAAUGUCAAGACGUGGCCCACCAUCAUUGAUACAGAUGAUCUUCCUAAGAAGCGCCCCCCAAGCAUCUACAAACCACCCACCGCCGAGAUGCUGGCAUACCUGGACUUCAGCGUGUCCACCACAGGGAUGCUGACUGGGGUGAAGAUGUCCCAUGCGGCGGUCAGUACUCUGUGCCGCUCUAUUAAGCUACAGUGUGAGCUCUAUUCCUCUCGCCAAAUAGCCAUCUGCCUCGACCCGUACUGCGGCUUGGGCUUCGUUUUAUGGUGCCUCUCCAGCGUUUACUCAGGUCACCAGUCCAUCCUUAUCCCUCCUCUGGAGCUGGAGAGUUCACUGCCUUUGUGGCUGAGCACUUUGAGUCAAUACAAGAUCAGAGACACAUUCUGCUCCUACUCUGUGAUGGAGCUUUGCACCAAAGGACUGGGCACACAGACAGAGAUACUGAAGACGCGGGGCGUGAACCUGUCCUGUGUGCGAAGCUGUGUAGUGAUAGCAGAAGAGCGCCCCCGUCUAGGCCUCUCUAUGUCUUUCUCAAAACUCUUCAAAGACCUGGGCCUUUCUUCUCGGGCUGUGAGCACUGCCUUUGGAUCGAGAGUCAACCUGGCCAUCUGCCUACAGGGCACUGCUGGACCUGAUCCCUCUACGGUCUAUGUAGAUAUGAAGUCACUACGACACGACAGGGUGAGACUGGUAGAACGAGGGGCGCCACAGAGUCUUCCGCUCAUGGAAUCGGGCACAAUCCUACCUGGAGUGAGGGUAAUUAUUGUGAACCCAGAGACCAGAGGCCCAUUGGGUGACUCGCAUCUAGGAGAGAUCUGGGUGAACAGUGCUCACAGUGCCAGCGGUUACUACACCAUCUACGGAGAAGAAAACCUACAGGCCGAUCACUUCAACACCAAACUCAGCUUUGGAGAUCCACUGACUGUCUGGGCCAGGACGGGAUAUUUAGGCUUCAUCAAGAGGACAGAGCUUUUGGAUGCAAGUGGAGAUCGUCAUGAUGCCUUGUUUGUGGUGGGCUCCCUUGAUGAAACAUUGGAGCUGAGAGGGCUGCGAUACCACCCCAUAGACAUUGAGACUUCAGUGUCACGAGCACAUCGCAGCAUUGCAGAGAGUGCUGUGUUUACAUGGACCAACUUGCUGGUGGUGGUGGCAGAGCUUAGCGGGUCUGAGCAAGAGGCUUUGGACUUGGUGCCUCUGGUCACUAAUGUGGUUUUGGAGGAGCACCACCUGAUUGUGGGUGUGGUGGUCAUCGUGGAUCCAGGGGUCAUUCCUAUCAACUCCAGAGGCGAGAAGCAGCGCAUGCACCUGCGAGACUCUUUCCUGGCAGACCAACUGGACCCCAUCUAUGUGGCCUACAACAUGUGAACAACCCUCGAAGAAAGACGCAGAAACCUGAGCCAGGCUCUGAGCACACACAGGGAGGAGGGUCCUGGACAGAGCGCUGCAGUGAGAGCGGGCUUCCCUCUGAAAACUGUUGCUUCCACCUGCUCCGCCUCUGCAGUCCAGGUGAUUUGGGAUGGGAGGGGCUGGCAGUACAACUGUCAGAGGAAAAGAAUCUGUCUCCAUCUGUCAUCUCUCUCAUUGCUCCCAUUUUUUUCAAGAUGUUUUAUUGCAUCUUAGAAAACUAUGAUUUCAUUCCUUGGUUUUAAGCCAAACUGUGCACCUGUUUGUUUCCUCCAUCCUUGGUUCCUCACUGGCAGGAUGUCCCAUUGCACCUGCAGAGGGAACCAGACCUAUUCCUGUUGCACUUUAAAAGUCCCUGCACCUCUGUCCCAUCCACCUGAUGAGGACACACCCCCACAUCAUCCACACAAGCUCACCCCAGCAGCCAGUGUCAUUCCAGUCAGUAUUAUCACCUGCCUAAUGCGCUCCCUCCUCAAAAGCAGGGGCACUGUGGCUUUAUCCCGCUACAAACUGGCUGCCACCCACAGAAAGUGUCCCAUACAACAUGAAGAAAAACAACUGCUGAGCUCUGAGGCAAAUCUUUCCUUUAUGUGUGAGUAGGACUUGGUCCGUUAGAUAGCUUGUAUGAUUGUAAUAGUUCAUUUUUUAAAAACAAAACAGUUUCAAGAUAAGUUGUAGUCGAUAAUGUUAAGCUGUACUAAUAGGAGUGCAGUUAAAGGCUGUGUCCGUAAUGUCUUUAAAAUGACAUAAAACUAUUUAUCCUCAACUAAAUUAGAUGAUCCAAAUUGUUCAUUACAUCCGCCAAGCUGAAUGCCUGAAUCUGAUUACAUCAGGAGAACUUACAUGCACUGUAUUUGCUCUGCCAGAAAUUAUGAAGAUGAACAUCGUCUUUGGUUUUGUUUGGUCAAAAAACUAAUUCUUGCACAAACUCUGUUAUAUAUUAGUAAAACUAUAAAAAGUAUGAAUACUUCAGACACAGCCUUGGUCAAAUAGUGGGCCAAAAGAGCAAAAGGAUAGUUAAAUUAGGAGAUCCCAAGUAUGGGUUGAUGUUAGCGCUAGUGCUACGCUGUGCUAUGCUAAAUAGCUACAUUCAUCUUUCAGCUGGAAAAAAAGUUCUAAAAAGCCCAGGAACAAGUAAAUCGGACUUCAGUUUACUAAGGGUAAUGCAUCAUAUCUUGAGCCACUAGCUUUUACAGUCUGUGCUAUUACUGUGUCGCAUCAUAUGUAGAUCACCAGAGGCAGAAUAGUGCCUUUAUGCUGCGUCUUUGCCACAUCUAGGAUUAAGGACUGUUCAAUUUAUGAAAAAAUAAAGGAAACUCCACAGACUUUUGCCUUACUAAACCUGUGGAGCUCCAUCUCUUUACAUAUCUGGCUGUAACAUUUGUGCAACUAUACAAAGCCAGCCUUUCCAAAUCACAAUGUUUUUAAAGGGGGAGCAGGGAGUGUGUCGUUUCAUUUUAGCGCGCCUUGGAUCAUUUCAUUAUUGCAUUUUAAAUCUUGUUGAAUGUCUGUAACACUGAAGAAUAAUAAUUGCAUUUGAAAAUGAACAACAAUCAGAGCUGCCUGUAUGAGAAAAUGGCAGAAAAAGUUGUCAGUAAAAACCUUAAAGGGGCCUAGGAUGAGGGUAAAGGAUGUCAACUGUAUACUGUAUCUUAGGUCAAAAACUGUAUUAUUGGUGUUAAUGUGUACAUGGGAAAGUGUCUAUGAUAAACUUGACUGAUAGUUUCAUACUUGACAGCAUUUAUUUCUACAUUGUUAGUUUUUAUGUUUAACUCAUUACAAGAAAAAAGGUUUCACGUUGUUUUGGUGGGAGAGAUGUGCACUUUUCCCAAUAUGGUUUUAAAUGUUCUCUGGUGCAAGGUUUGUCCCCAGAUUUUAAACCAUUUUUAUGUUCAUUUCUGUUUUUACAUGUCGCCUCCACUGUAUUUUAUGUCUUUCCAUCCAAAAUUUGAAGUUAAUAUAUUUUAAACAGUGUCUCUUUCUGUUGAACUGCACAUCUCUGUUAUAAUUAAUACAACUAUUAACAAACCACUUUUCAUUUUGUGACAGUUGCUGGUGAUUUAUGAGCCAGUUUUUUUUUUUGUUUUUUUUUUAGACAAAUGUACACAUGAAUAAGUGAAGCUGUUUUUCUGCCAUCAUGUAAUAAUGCUUUGUUGCUACUGUUUCACUCCAAUUUUAAAUAAAGUUUUAUAAUUUCCAGUUGGCCUUAAAGCCUUUUCAAUAGACAUUGGUGCUAUUCUUCAAACGAGAAAGUGGUCAUCCAAUGUCCUAUUCUAAGGUCAUUUUUUCCAUUUUCAUGACUUAUUGCUAUACAGCGCACUAUUUCUCUUCAAUUACACCUUCAGCUGUCAAGUUGCAGAGAACAGUGUGCAUUUGAAAGCUACAAUAUUAUUUUAAGCACAAAAUGUGUAUGUCCGCAACGUGAGGUAAUAAAAUUGGAAUUGUCCACACAAAAACUCAAGGGCCCGCGAUGUAUACCUCAAACCAAGGACUAUCGGAUCACUAUGCAUUAAUCAAGCUGCAGCGAAGACGCUCUGAACUGGUGCGAAAACAUGUCUUACUUGACACUGUCACUGUCAUUUGGAUGUGUUUCAUGUCAAAUAAAAUAUGCUUUGUCAAA